GGCUGACUAAUCUCAAGGCGAGGGAGCGACACGAUAUUUAACUGGGCCUCCCUCCCAGUGCCCGCCAGGCUACCAGCUGCAGUCCCCAGAUCAUGCACGCAGCGACACGCAUCUAGCCUAUGAAUUGAGGCUGGUUACCUGAGAAUUUACCAGGGAAGCAUGCAAAUCUCCUGGUAAGGUUGCACACACCCAGACUGUGAAGACAGAUAACCCUGCCAGCACUGGACACUUAACAGAAUGCAGCUGAAAUAACCUAUGAUAACAACUUCAAUAUGUGUCAAGUUCCUGCUCCAAGGAAGGGAUUGAAAAGCAUGGUUAUUGGCAAGAGUCUACUAACUAGCAAGAAGAUCAGAAACAGUCCUUCUAGCAGGAUGGAAUACAGCAGCCACAACUACAGCAACCAUCACCUCACCAUGUCUGCUGAAGAUGAAACUACUACUAUUAACAUCCCACCUGAGGAACAGAUUCCACCAAAACCACAAAAUUCAAAGAAGGAAAAAAAGAAAGGACCAGAAAAGACAUAUGAAUCCCUGCUGGCUAGAUUCAAAGGUGAUGGUGUAAGAUACAAAGCUAAAUUGAUUGGCAUUGAUGAUGUUCCAGAGGCAAGAGGAGACAAAAUGAGUCAGGAUUCAAUGAUGAAGCUGAAGGGAAUGGCAGCAGCAGCUCGUUCCCAGGGUCAUCACAAACAGAAGAUCUGGGUGAACAUCUCUCUCUCUGGUAUCAAGAUAAUAGAUGAGAAAACUGGGGUCAUAGAACAUGAGCAUUCAGUAAAUAAAGUCUCCUUUAUUGCUCGGGAUGUAACAGACAAUCGUGCCUUUGGCUAUAUAUGUGGAGGAGAAGGCCAGCACCAAUUUUUUGCCAUAAAAACAGCACAACAGGCUGAGCCUCUAGUUGUUGAUCUUAAGGACCUCUUUCAACUAAUAUAUAAUAUGAAAAAGAAGGAAGAAGAUAACAAGAAAAAAGAUAGUAGUGAAGCACUACCAGAUCAAGCUGAAAAAAUGAAACUGGGAGUUGACCAGAUGGAGUUGUUUGGGGAUAUGUCAACGCCUCCUGAUAUGAAUAGUCCCACAGAAGCUAAAGAAAUCCUGUUAGUGGAUCUAGAUUCUGAAAUUGAGACCAAACAGACUUUUACAAAAGAGGAUCUCUUCUCGAAUGGCAUCACAGCCUCUCUUCCACAGCCAAAGCCACAGCCACCCUUGCCUGAAAAUGCUCUCUCUACCAGUCUAAACUUCUUUCCCACACCUAAUCCAGACCCAUUCAGUGAUGAUCCUUUCACAAUGACACCACAAUCUCCACUGCCUUCAUUUGAUUUUUUAAAAUCUGAUGAUCAGAAGAAGGAAAAUCUGAAUACCUUGAUACCGGUGGGUAAUAGUGCUUCCAAUGGUGAUACUGACAACUUUGGUAAACAGUUUGACCAGAUUUCUAAUAGAACUGGCAAACGAGAAGCACUAACAGGCCAGUGGCCACUUGAUAGUAAGUCUCUUGCAGCAAGAACUCCAAAUAGGGUACCAGAGAGAGAAAAGAAUGGUUUUCUUAAAGGCUCAUCAAACCUGUUUGUGGAAGGUCCUUCCAAAGGAUUGUCUCUGCAGAAUGGAGAAAAGCUGGAUUCUGAAAGCAAUAUCCGGCUCAUACCACAUGAGUCUAUAACAAUUAGCCCACCACCACAAAGUACCAAGCCAGGAAGAGGAAGGAGGUCUGUCAAGGUUCCACUGAAAGAUUUACUUACCCCAGACUUCUUGGUGACAACUACAGAGAGCGUGACCACCAUGGCACAAAUAGGACCUGUGUCAAGUACUCCAGUGGACGCUUUCAAAGCAGGUUCACUUCCAACACCUGCAAUGACUGGUCUAGGUGGCUUGUCAAUAUCUUCAUCACCCUGGAGUGCACAGACACCUAUCUUCUCUCAGGAUUCAUCAGCUUCAUCAGUCUUUUCUGGGUCUGUGGUGCCUGCUCAACCUACAAGAUUUACUCAGCCACUUGCCUUUGGUACUGCAGUACCUUCAGGCUGGAACCAGCCUGCAUCUUUUGGUUCAUCAGGCACUAAGUCCUCUGGUCUCUGGGUGCAGCCAGCACAAAUUCCAUCUGCUUCAUGGUCACAGCCAUCCAGUGCUGUAAAUCCUUUCCAAAAUAAGCUGUUCCCUUCUUCAGCCCUACCUGCUCAGACAGUACCUGUUCUGACCCCUCUGGCAGCAGCAUCUAGCCCACCUCAUCCACCACCUAGAACGGCACCUCAGAAAGAGCUAACCAAGAAAGAAAGUGAUGCUUUCCUUGAUCUUGAUCCACUUGGUGAUAAAGAAAUGAAGGAUAUCAAGGAAAUGUUCAAAGACUUUCACCUGACAAAGCCACCUGCCGUACCAGCAAGAAGAGGAGAGCAGCAAAGCUUUCCAGGUGCUUCUGGAGCUUUCAGCAGUUCUUUUAGUAGUGAAGUAGGCAUUCCUCAAGAUAGUACAGAUGAUGACAAGGAAGCUAGCAAGCUAUCUGCCAAAAUGACUGAACCACCAAAGCCUGUUCCCCAACAAAGGGUGCAGCCAGCUGAUGACCUGUUUGAAAAUCAACCUACAUCAGACCCCUUUGGUGCCUCAAGAGAAUCUCAGAAACCUACUUAUUAUCUUUUUGAAGAUCCUUUUGACAACCCAUUUGCAUAGAUCACGCAUAACUAGACAAGGACAAAUGGAAUAACUGGACCUCCUCUCAACAUGAUUCUUCUGCACAUUUCACUUUGCUCUCUGCUGUUCUUGCUGCUGUUCCAUGAUGUUUGUCAUCUAAAACAUGUCCAGAUGAAUUGAAAUAUGGACCCUCAAAGAACAUCCUGUGAAGACAAUAAUUCAGGGCAAAGCAAAUGGAGAUUUGGAGCUAUGAUAGAUAUCCAAAUUUAGAUUGGUAGAUGAUAACUUUACUGUAGUUCUUUGCAAUCUUCCACAGGAGAGCUUAGCAACACCAUCAUGAAUCUUGUCAUGGUCACCAUAAUUUCUCUUUGUGUAGCACUUAUUGUCCUAAAAUACAGGAACUGAAUGUGCCUGUGGAAGAAAUGUUGCUUUCACAUUAGGGAAGUAAAUUAGUAGCUGAAACUGCCUACCCUAAACAACUAGGUCAGAUGCCUGUUAUCAGAACAGCAGCCAGUUGUAAAGUUAGGUGGACAGUACUCAGGUCUAAUUGGUGAUGGAAGUUAUUAUUUGGUUUCUGAGCCAUAAAGAUGUAACCUGUGUGAUAGUGAUAAAGACAGUACUUGUCUGUUUUAACUAAUGGUAAAAGUAUCAUCCUGACGUAUAAGUUUAAAAACUGUGGGAUCUGUAAUGGAACUGUGGUAUUCCUGAGUACUAGAAGUCUACACUGGAGGGUCAGGAAAACUGAAACACUUAUCAUGGGACAUUGAGGUAGUCAUGGACAGCAUCUGUUGUCUUUUUUUCAGCAUACUUCUUUUCAUGGAGGGAAAUCUACUAGGGUUCUGUUAAGGUGUCUUGGCAGAUAAAGUGGAACAAGCCAGUAAAGCUUUCAUAUAUCUCAGUAAAUAUCCCUGAUGUUGCCCAGUUUGAGUUGUCAUGUUCUGUAGUGUGGCAUGUUUCAGAUAAUGAUGGCUUCACUCCAUGCCUAGAUUCCUUGUGAACGGAUGUGAACCACCUUUAUGCCAUUCACAUGGGAUCUAGUCCACCAUCUUUUGGAAACCACUUUUUCUAAAGAACCUCUUUACUAGCAGAUCUUCGAAUCAAUUGGUUGUAACUGACUGUAAUAGCUACAUUCUUGGCCAGUGGAGAUGGGGAUGUGUCAGAGGUUUUUCUAUUAAUACUAAGUAUAAACUUGAAAUAAUAUUGUUAAAUCAAAUGCCUAAGCAGUUGCUGAACUGGAGAGCUGCGACAAGUCAACUUGAACACAGCCUUAGUACCCAAUUCAGCCAGUCAUGCCAUUAGUCUUGUAGAUAAACCUCUCUUGCACUUUCUGUAAUACAAAAAACUAUGAAUUUAAAUAUUUGUCUCAAACUGUAAAUGUAGAAACUUAUGGAUGUUACACUGUUCUGUAAAACUUUACUAUCUAUAGUGGUGUUUCUUAAUGAUAUUAAAAAGAAGCAUAUGCA